AAAAACAUAUGGCCGCUAGCAUAAGUAAUAACUUAGAUAAAAAUAUCUGAAACCAAAAUAACACAAUCAAAACUAUAAUAACUGCAUUUUGACCAUAAAGAUAACACAGUCCAUGGCUACUGCCCUUAAUCCUUUACUUCCCCUUUCUCCUUCCCUCAAACACAACAUCAACAAUCCCUCUUCAUCCCCAUGGAUUUCAUUCAAACCCAUCUCAGCUUUAAUGCCUAAUUUGCCUAUUUCCCACUUCACUCGACAAAGAGGACAAUUUGCACCCUCAGUUUCCUUCAAUCCUUCUGGAAAUUUUGACCUCUCCUUGUAUGGUGAUGAGGAUGAUUCCUCUCAAGCUGAGCCUCCAAUGCCUCCUAGUGAAGGUCGACUUGAAGUGAUUAUUGAUAAUGAUGUUAUACGGCGGCUUGAUUUGUCCCCGUUUCAAAGUGCCACCGGAAUUACUUCCCCUUUAUCAGCUGAACCAAAAGAGUAUCUUGAAAAAACAAUUGGAUUUACAAUAAACUAUACCAGAGAUGAUCCACAUGAUCCAAGAGAAUUGUCAGAAUUUCCUGAUAUAAGGCUAUGGUUUGUAAGGCUUGAUGCUGUGUAUCCAUGGCUCCCUGUGUUGUUAGACUGGCGAGCUGGGGAAUUAGCCCGUUAUGCAGCCAUGUUAGUCCCCCAUCAGAUGAGUAUGAGAAUGGGGGUUGUAUUUAAUCCAGAGGCACUGGAAUUGUUCAUAAUGAAGAAGGUGUUCGUAGUAUACUCAUGGUUGAAACAGCAAGGCAUUCCAAAACCUCGACUGAAGACGAGUGACAUGGCUAGGAUGCUUGGGUUUGGGAUUGGAGAUGAACUUUUUGACUUGAUUGAUCAACAACCACUCGAUUGAACACCUUGUAUUCGUUUAACUCUACAAAUAAAGAAACAGAGAUGAUGUCUCUACUCAGUUGCCGGUAAUAUAUAUGAUUUGCGUUGGUUUUUUUUACAUAAGUUGUAAUGAUAAUUUUAGUUUUUAAUAUUUAUAAUUUUUUUUGUUUAUUUUAAUAUUAUUAAUUUUAAGUUUAAA